AUGUUGCCUCAAGUUAAAAACGCGCAAUUCGACAACGUCCUCCAGGCCGAGGAAGACACACUACUACUCAUCUCAAAAAAAAACAAAAAGGCGCUCUCUCCUAACGAUAUUCCUUCGUUUUUUGUUAAUAAAGCACUCGUGACAGAACCAGUCCCUUGGGCACUUGUUAGUGUCGGGUCGUUGGGGUGUAUGGUGGAUAUUAAGGUAUCAACACACCUACCCAUCUCGGACUUCUCCGUGAACUCCCUCAACUUAGAUCUUACGGAAAUCAUUCAAAAUGGGGUUAACUACGAAACUAUUAUUCCAAUCACUUCACACGAGUGUGACAUUCAACAAGUGAACGAGUUUAUAGACAAACCAGAUGGCUAUUUCAGCUGGGAAAUCAGAAAAUUUGUCCAUCACCAUUUCUGUAAGAACGGGUAUGACUUUGAGCAAAUAUUUCGAUUUCUGGACGUGUUGAAUGACACACUGGAAACCAAUCAACAAUACGGACUUUUCGAUAAAAAGAUUGAUGAAAACUACAUUUUCUACAAACAAAUCAAAAACACGUUGGCUGUUCAAUCGAGGAUAAGAGGCGGUGGGUACCAUAGCUUUGACGCAAAGCGAAGUCACAAGAAGUGA